CCGCGUCGCCCGCGCCCCUCCCCGUCCCCCGCCCGGCGCCCCGCCCCAUUCGCCGAGCCUCGGCUUGCCGUCCAGCGCCCCUGCACUCGGGAGCGCUGGCUCUGCCGGCGCCGAGAAAUUAAUCAAGUGGAUUUUAAGAAGAUGUAGUGCCGCAGCUUGCCUGAUGGGAUAUUUUCAGUCAUGGCAUCCGAACUUUGUAAGACGAUCUCUGUGGCAAGGCUGGAAAAGCACAAGAAUUUGUUCUUAAAUUAUAGGAAUCUGCAGCAUUUCCCAUUGGAGUUACUGAAAGAUGAGGGACUACAGUACUUGGAGAGACUCUAUAUGAAAAGGAACUCCCUUACAACCUUGCCAGAAAACCUUGCUCAGAAGCUCCCAAACCUUGUGGAACUGUAUCUUCACUCAAAUAACAUAGUUGUUGUUCCAGAAGCCAUUGGGUCCCUUGUAAAACUGCAGUGUUUGGAUCUUAGUGACAAUGCCUUAGAAAUUGUUUGCCCAGAAAUCGGUCGUCUGAGAGCUUUACGUCAUCUUCGAUUAGCUAAUAACCAACUGCAAUUCCUACCUCCAGAGGUUGGCGAUUUGAAGGAGCUGCAGACACUAGACAUUUCUACCAAUCGUUUGCUAACUUUACCCGAGAGGCUUCACCUGUGCCUUUCUCUGCAGUACCUCACCGUGGACCGAAAUCGUCUAUGGUGUGUGCCCCGCCAUCUUUGCCAGCUGCCCAGCCUCAAUGAGCUCUCCAUGGCUGGAAACCGUCUUGCAUUUUUGCCACUUGAUUUAGGUCGAUCUCGAGAACUACAGUAUGUGUACGUGGAUAACAACAUUCACCUGAAAGGCUUGCCGUCCUAUCUGUACAACAAAGUCAUCGGGUGCAACGGCUGCGGUGCUCCCAUUCAAGUUUCCGAGGUGAAGCUGCUUUCCUUUUCAUCAGGGCAACUCACCGUUUUCCUCCCUGCUGAAGUGAAGGCCAUCGGGACAGAGAACGAUCAUGUCCUGCCUCUGCAAGAGCUGGCCAUGAGGAGUCUGCAUCACACCUACCACAGCUUUCUGAAAGAUUUGAACUUUCUGUCUCCAGUCUCAUUACCCAGAAGUCUCCUGGAGCUGCUGCACUGCCCCCUGGGGCACUGUCACCGGUGUAGUGAGCCCAUGUUCACCAUCGUCUACCCUAAGCUCUUUCCCCUGAGAGAGACGCCAAUGGCAGGGCUGCACCAGGGGAGGACGACUGUGAGUUUUGUGGCUUACUGCUGCUCCACCCAGUGUCUGCAGACUUUUGACCUACUGAGCUGAUAAACACUCAAGAGCCUCAGGAGUGUGGCCAGCUUGACACCGAAGUCGCCCGCACGUCGCACACCAUUUGUGCAGCAGAGAGAGGGGACAGUCCAGCCAGGCCCAACUGGCCCCUCCCUACAGCCUGUCCUGUCAGACUCGGGGACUGCAGAGCUCUGGAAAUGUCCUGACAGAGCUUCACAGCUGAAAUGCCUUCACCCUCCCCCCAAGUUGGAAUAUAUCCUUCCCCAAAUUGAA